AACACGAGAAGAAAAGGCGCUUCUUUGGGGGACGCGGCACCACGACCACCACCACCACCACCACCACCGUCAUCCUUUCACCUCUCACAUCUCGCAGACCCUCACUCUCCACUGCCGUGAACUAUGGAAGGGAAAUGUUUUUUUUUCUAUUUUUUUUUCAGCACUUGGACUGCUUACCGCGGGAAAUCAAGCUUCCUCGUCUGUGUAAAGGCGAGACGCGGAAUUCUCGGCGCGCGCCUCACCCUCCCUCGUCACCGUCGCUCAAGUCUGGGCCUUUUACACACUCUUACUGCACAAACUUUCUGGCAAACUUUCUUUUCCCCGCAUGAAGUGAUGUCAGUCACGUCAGAAGGAGGAAGUCAGAGGGAUGUCAGGGGUCAGGACGCAUGCGCGGACAACCUUACGAUCAUAAAACCGUCGCGACUCUGCCUGUUGAUUCAGUAUCUCCUGAUGUUCCGCGUGGGUUUGUAGCGCGCCGCCGCCCCUCAGUUUCCCAGGCCCCGCACGCCCCUCGCUCUACUCGUUCCCUCGCGAGUGUGGCCGCAUGAUCACGCCUUUCCCCUCUCCCCCCCUCACCUUGCCAGAACCCCCAGAUAUGCGUGGAUGCUAAAGAUAAUUAGUCUAGUUUUACUUAGUCUAGACGAAAACUUUAGUGGUUUAGUUAAGUUGUCCCUGCGGUGUGUGGCGGGCCAGUGGUUCGCGAUGGUCAGGUGUGGUGGUCACGUGGUGAUGUGGUUCGCCUCAGUGACCUUCCUUCUCCUCCACCAGGUGACGUGUGAGACAGAGGCGGCGGUUCCCUCCUUUGGCUCCAAUGACAAACAGGAGAUCGUGGCCGCCGUGGGACGCGAGGCAGUGUUCCGGUGUACAGUCAAGAACAUUAAGGACUAUCAGACGGCGUGGCUAGGGAUGAAAAAAGGCAUUGUCUUCGCCAUGGGGGAGGAUCUCUUUACGGAGAACCCCCGCGUUUCGGUGCACCACUCCCUCACUCUGGCGGGGGACGAGGCGUGGAUCCUCACCAUCAAGGACGUGACGGAGGCGGACGCGGGGGAGUACAUGUGCUCAGUCAACUCAGCAGACAACCUGAGGAAGUACUACCGCCUUACUGUCGUCGUGCCGCCCAAGAUACUAGACGCGAACACCAGCCGCGACACGGAGGUGCGGGAGGGCGGCAGCGCACGUCUGGUAUGCAGCGCUAGCGGACACCCGGAGCCCACAUACAAAUGGCGCAGAGAAGAUUCACGGUUCAUCGGCAUCUCAGGCGAUAUGCUGGUGGAGGGCAGCGAGCUGGUGUUUGAGCCCGUGAGGAGGCAUCACGCUGGCGCCUAUCUGUGCAUCGCCUCCAACCAGGUGCCGCCCUCCGUCAGCAAGCGCAUCACCCUCAAUGUGAGAUUCAAGCCAGAGGUGCGGGUGGAGCGGCCGCAGGAGUGGGUCACCUUGGGCUCCAGCGUCAACCUGUCCUGCGUGGUGGACGGCUACCCGGAACCACACGUCCAGUGGCUUAAGAGGAACAACGAAGUGCUCUCCUCAGGACCCUUCGUCUACCACCUGCCACACCAGCUCCUCAGGGUGCAGAAAUACGCGCAAAAGGUUCACCACGUCAACACUUCCCGCCUCAUCAUGCUGCUGUCCAUCGCCAACGUGCAAGAGGAUGACCUGCUGGAGUACCGGUGCUCCGCCAACAACUCUGAGGGGUCGUCGAGGGCCCACGUCAUUCUUUCCGAGACUCCCACCACCACUACCACCACCACCACCACCACAACUACCACCACCACCACUACCACCACUCCCUCCACCACCACUACCAGCAGCAAGAGUGCCAUUGAGAACGCGGAGGACAACCUAGUUUGGCCCAAGAGCAGAGAUGGCCGCAGGGAAGGCUCUGGUCUGGCUUCCCGCCACACGUCCAGCUCUAUGUUGGCUUCCCUCAAGGACACAGCGAGGAACGCGUCAGCAGGCGGCGGCGUGGGGGACGACCUGCUGGAGCGACACAAUCAGCAGAGAAAGCAGCAGGGAGGCGAGAGGCAGUUGAAGAAACAAUAUGAGAGAAAAAUGUAUCCCUAUGCUGGUAACUCUGCAGGCAUUAGUGGAAGCCAGAGUUUUCCCUCCCUCCUCCCUCGCAUCUUCCUGCUCCUGCUCCUCCACUUCAUGUUUUCCCCUUCCCUAAAUGCCUCUCCAUUCUGCUCUUCCUCUUCUUCUUCUUCUUCUUCUUCUUCUUCUUCUUCUUCUUUAUCCUCCUCCAGUGUUUUCUCUUCCCCAUCAUCCUCAUGUUCGUCUUCCUCUUACUUUUACUCUUCCCAGUCCCGAUCUUCCUCGUUCUUUUCCUCCUCCUUUUCCUCCUCCUCUCCGUCCUCUUCGUCCCUCUCCGUCUUCCUCGUGACAAGAAAAGGCCAGCAAGAACUUCGGAGGUGAAGCAAAAUUGCCAGAAAACAUUAUAGAGGAAACUAAUAGAGAAGAAAAUUAUAGAGAUUCAUUAGAGUGAAAAAUACUCAGUGAAAAUGUUUGAAUUGAAAUUAGUGGAGCAAGGAAUUCUGGGUAAAAAAAAAUAGGAAUCACUGAAAAGCUGAGUAAUAGAAAAAUAUAUAAAAAAGGAUCGCACAAUUGAAAAUGUAUUAAGGAAAGUAUAAAGGAAGUGAAAGUGAAAAAAAAGUGAAAACUAGAGAGUGUAAAAAUAAUGGAUAUGUAGCUGCGAGGUAAAUUCAUGGAAAUACAAUGAAAAUAUAUCAACAUGAAAGCAGAAAACGGUGCAGUGUCAUAAUGGAAAGGAAGUGUGUCCGGCGGGGGAGUGUGACGGGUGCUGGUGACGCCCCCUCAGAUGGCAGUCAUUCAGUCAGUCAGUCAAAAAAUCACUCAAUAAUCUCGUUACUCCGUCAUACAGUCAGUCAGUAAGUCACUCAGUCAGUCAGUCAGUCAGUCAGUCAGUCUCUCUCUCUCUCGCUUCGCCUCCCUCGCACCCUCUCUCACUCUCAUUCUCUCUUUCUUUCUCUCUCGCUCUGCCUGAGUUUGCUUCCAUGGAUUUUUAAGUCGAGAGAAAAUACAAUUAUUUUUUCCAUAUUUCUAGUUUUUGUUCCUGUGCUGUUUUGAGUCAACGGCACACGGCUUUUCUAGAGAUGCAAAUGAACCAAUGUUUUUUUGUUUUGUUUUUUUUUGUUACCUUUCAAUCUACGUUACAGUUUUUGAAAAUGCAUAAUUUUUAAUUACCUGAGAAGAUGAAAAAAAAAAAAUUCAGCUUAAAUCAAGGAAAGAAUGCUUGAAAAAUGCACACGAGGAAUAAUACGCAGCAAAUUGAAGCAAGUCUACAAACACCUACUCGCUUAUAGAACCCCCGAGUACCAGCUCCGAAUUGCUCAAGAUCCAUUUAUCUCGACACCUACUUCCACGCCCACACUUUCUUUCCUUCCACCUGCCCCACCCAGCCAGCCAACCAACCCAACUAGUCACCCCACGUGUUGAGAGUACCUACAGUUGGAUGGGACGGGAAGAGGCGGCACGGGGCAGGAAGAGGCGGAGAGUCACUGUGGAAGGAAGCGCGUCCACCCACGACUUGACCACCACGACCGCCCUAAAAGCGUCAUGUACUAUACGAGAAUGUCGGAAUGUGUUGCUGUUGUUUUUGAUGUAUUGCUGCGGUGCAAUGAAGUGCUAAACAAUGACCUUGACUAGUAUGUUAUUCUGAGUCUCCCUAAUGUAAGAAAAUCUCCACGAAGGUGUUACUAUGAAAAUAAGUGUUCCCGAGUGCUCCAGUCCUGUGUAUUGCGGGUAGUCUCGCCUAUACGUCCAAUAUGCGUUCGGCGUGAGGUGAGGUGCAGGGAGGGAGGCAAGCUUGCGUUCCUAGGUGCUCAGUCAGAGGUGCUCAAGAUUCCUCCCCCCCGUGGACUACAGAUUGCUGCUCACCACGUCGCGCUCAAAAAAGUGAUAAGGAUUGUAAAAAAGGAAUGUCAAAUACUAUGUUACGGUCCGUCUUCUAAGUGUUGCCUGGUGUCCAGAGGUGCUCCGAGGUGCUCUGCCAAAAGGGGAGGGAUCACGAGGGUGGUGGGAGGGGAACGGGUGUAAACUAUUGAGCAUCUGUGAGUAAUAUAUGAGUGUUACGUGUCACUCCAGGCUAUAUAUUUCAAUGUGGGGAGGAGUAAUUAGAGUGUACCGAUUGAACACGAGGGUUAUUUGUGUGUGUGUGUGUGUGUGUGUGUGUGUGUGUGUGUGUGUGUGUGUGUGUGUGUGUGUGUGUGUGUGUGUGUGUGUGUGUGUGUGUGUGUGUGUGUGUGCGAGAGGGAGAGAGAGAGUGAGAGAGAGAGAGAGAGAGAGAGAG